AUGAAUGCCAUGCUGGAGACCCCCGAGCUCCCGGCCGUGUUUGACGGGGUGAAGCUGGCCGCAGUGGCUGCUGUGCUGUAUGUGAUCGUCCGGUGUUUGAACCUGAAGAGCCCCACGGCCCCACCUGAACUCUACUUCCAGGACUCGGGGCUCUCAUGCUUCCUGCUCAAGUCCUGUCCUCUUCUGACCAAAGAAUAUAUUCCACCUUUGAUCUGGGGGAAAAGUGGACACAUCCAAACAGCCUUGUAUGGGAAGAUGGGAAGGGUGAGGUCACCACACCCGUAUGGGCACCGGAAGUUCAUCACCAUGUCUGACGGAGCCACUUCGACCUUUGACCUCUUCGAGCCCUUGGCUGAGCACUGUGUGGGAGAUGAUGUUACCAUGGUCAUCUGCCCUGGAAUUGCCAAUCACAGCGAGAAGCAGUACAUCCGCACCUUCGUUGACUACGCCCAGAAAAAUGGCUAUCGGUGUGCCGUGCUGAACCACCUGGGUGCCUUGCCCAACAUUGAACUGACCUCGCCACGCAUGUUCACCUACGGCUGCACCUGGGAAUUUGGAGCCAUGGUAAACUACAUCAAGAAGACAUAUCCCCUGACCCAGCUGGUGGUCGUGGGCUUUAGCCUGGGUGGUAACAUCGUGUGUAAAUACUUGGGGGAGACCCAGGCCAACCAAGAAAAGGUUCUGUGCUGCGUCAGCGUGUGCCAGGGCUACAGUGCACUGAGGGCCCAGGAGACCUUCAUGCAGUGGGAUCAGUGCCGGCGCUUCUACAACUUCCUCAUGGCCGACAACAUGAAGAAGAUUAUCCUCUCGCACAGGCAAGCUCUUUUUGGAGACCAUGUUAAGAAACCUCAGAGCCUGGAGGACACGGACUUGAGCCGCCUCUACACAGCCACAUCCCUGAUGCAGAUCGACGACAAUGUGAUGAGGAAGUUUCAUGGCUAUAACUCCCUGAAGGAAUAUUACGAGGAAGAAAGCUGCAUGAGGUACCUGCACAGGAUUCAUGUACCUCUCAUGUUGGUGAAUGCAGCCGAUGACCCCUUGGUGCAUGAAAGUCUUCUAACCAUUCCAAAAUCUCUUUCAGAGAAACGGGAGAACGUCAUGUUUGUGCUGCCCCUGCACGGGGGCCACCUGGGCUUCUUUGAGGGGUCCGUGCUGUUCCCCGAGCCCCUGACAUGGAUGGAUAAGCUGGUGGUGGAGUACGCCAAUGCCAUCUGCCAGUGGGAACGUAACAAGUCGCAGUGCUCUGACACGGAACAGGUGGAGGCCGACCUGGAGUGA